AAUUUAUCGACGCGUCCACUUUUGGUUUGUGCUUACUAAUCUGAUAACUAUAAGGCCUAGCGUAUAAACACCAUCAUCCCAUAGCUUCAUCUUUUUGGUGCAGAAAGCACAGGAAGCUACAUUAUCUCGAGACCGACGAGACGGAGAACGAAGCUCAAGAAUCCCAAUCGAAAAUAUCAGUAAAAAUAGAGUCCGAUCGAAAGAGAAAGAAGGAUUCGAUCUCAUCUGCAGAUCGAAUAGUAAAGGAGAAAGAAAGAGAAAGAGAAAGAGAAAAGAUCAAAAAGAGAACGAAAAUGGCGUCGGCUAAUCAGGUGAGAGCAUCGCAUAUACUCAUAAAGCACGAAGGCUCUCGAAGAAAGGCCUCUUGGAAGGAUCCUGAAGGUCGAGUAAUUAAGAACACCACGAGAGAAACCGCCGUCUCGCAGCUCAAAGCUUUCCGCGAAGAUAUCGUUUGCGGAAAGGCCAAAUUUGAGGACAUCGCCUCUCGCUUCUCCGACUGCAGCUCCGCUAAACGCGGCGGCGAUCUUGGUCCAUUUGGCCGGGGUCAGAUGCAGAAGCCUUUUGAAGAUGCAACAUAUGCACUUAAGGUCGGGGAGAUAAGUGAGAUUGUGGAUACUGACAGUGGAGUGCACAUUGUAAUGAGAACCGGUUAACUAUAGAACUGGUUGAGUACUUCAAAUGCUUGUUCGGUCUACUAGGCAAGCCGGAUUGAGUUUGACAACAUGGCCUUUUGCUUUCAGUUAGGGUAAUAGAACCAUAUUGUGAGGUUGCAUCAUGGGUUCUUAUUGUGUGACGUUUUUGACUCAUCGAUGCAGUGUUCCCCAACACUAUCCCGAGUCCAGUGCUUGGGUGUAUUCUGUGAGAAUUUCUGGUUCUGAUAUGGGAUAACUUUGGGGAGACUAUAAUAAGGGAUUCUAUUUAAAGCUAUGUUUAUGUCUAUUGUUUUAUUUUGGCUGGAAUUUAUUUGUAACAAGCAAAUACAUGCUUGUCUUCCACUCCAAUUCUACCAAUUCUGUGUGGCUUUCUAUUUUCCCCUUA